CAAAAACAAUUACAUUUCUUGGGGCACUGCAUUCUGUUAAGACUCUGAGCCUUGUUGUUUCUGGCUGCUCUUGAACUAAGAAAAAAACCCACGAGAUCUCCUGUCUCCUCCCCGCGAACUUCCUUCACAGGAAGACAGCUAGAUCCUCAUUGAUAACCAGCCCCCCAAGAAGCAGCUGCCUUUCUGUCCAGGCCGAAGAUGAAGGCUUUUCUUCUCGUCCUGCUGGUGGCAGUUCUGCAUGUGGAGCAAGCUCACUCGCUGGUGUGCUUCACCUGUACGGAUGCAUCCUCCAACUGGGGUUGUCUGACAUCAGCUGCAUGUCCCAGUGAUGCAAACUACUGUGUGACCACAUAUGUUGGUGCAGGAAUUGGCGGACAUUCCAGGCAGAGCAUCUCCAAGGGGUGUUCUUCAGUUUGCCCCAGCGGUGGGAUAAACAUAGGGAUAGCAGCCGCCUCUGUUUCCUGCUGCAGUUCAUUCUUGUGCAACACCAGUGGGGCCAGCAGUGUGAAAGUCAGCUACUCGGUGCUGGCCAUGGCGAUCUUGGCCAGCUUCGUCUAUAUCAGGGCUGGACUGUGAUCGGAUCAGGAAAAAAGAACUUGACGCCCUGAUGAACCUGCUCAGGCUUCUCCAAUGAGACACCAAACCCCCCUCUGUGCAAAGCUAUACUGGGGUUACCAAUGGUGCCCUUUCUUCCAAACUCUCUCUCAGAUCCCAUUAGACAAUACCUGCCCUCUUGCCAUUCACAAGGAAAUCCUGCUGCUGUCACUAGGUGCCCCUCUGUGCCUCUCAGCAGAUCUGGAUUGCUGCUCCCAUGGGUUUGGGUGUAGGAGGCCUGGGAAGCUCAAAUGAACAGUGCUGCCCCACUGGGGAGAUGCCCGCUUGCACUCCUGACCGAUCAGGAAAUACUAGAUAAUGUUGGCAGGGUUUCUGCUUUUAUACCCGUAGUCCCAGUUGAUGGGGCUGAUUAAAAAAAAAAAGUCAGGGCUAACCAGGAAAUGUUUAUCCCAAACCACCUCCAAAGCGGAAUACUUAAACACCCCUGCCUCUUGCUACCGCAGAGACAUUUCCCAUCCACGUCACGCUCGGGAUCAGUGCCAGACUGACUGCUGGGAAGGCAUGAUCCAAAAAGAAACCUCAGACACAUUCACCCCUGGUUGGAUUCUGGUUUUUCACAUUGUUUUCUUUAUUCUGCUCCUUGGCUGACUUUUCUUAUGUAAAAUGAAUGCAGUGUUCGCACCGUGAGCAUCACACCUGAAUAAACACGUUCCCGUUCUUGCCUGA